UCCAAGUGCUGGGAGAACCCACACUAGCUCUCAGGAAAUGAUGUGUCAUAAAAAUUAGAAAGCCUAAAGCAGGUGGCAACUCCCCCCCCCCCAAAGGUGCAUAUCUCUAUAACAGCUUUUCCUAGGCCUGUGUUUUCCCUCCAAAUGUGGGAUUGCAACCACCAUCAUCCCCAGCCAGAAUAGCCAUUGACUGUAGAUGGGGGGCAUUGCAGUCACAAACUUGAUGGAACAAUUGAAGACACAACCAGCCAGAGCUGAGAGAAGCAUAAAACCAGUUAGAGGGACACAUACUGUGGAGAAAUCCUUUGCCUCUCUGUUUAGUUCAGCCACAUUUAUUUUCAUUAUUUGUUUGUCUCUGCAGUUUAUUAUGAUUUUCCAUUCUCUUUUAACAAUAAUAACAAGAGAGACAUUAAAAAAACACCCUUGGAAAAGCAAAUACAUUGCGAGUGGUUCAAAAUUAUGUGGAGGAAAAAGAAGCAUGGAAUUAAAUUUGUUCUUCUGGAUAACUCAGUGGCACGUGAGCUGUUUUAUAUAGGUUUACUCAGAAGUAGGUUGUACUCUGUUCGGUGAAGCUUACUCUGAAGAAAGUAAGCAGCCUCCUUGGGGAGGAAGCCCAAACCAGCCACCAACCGACCUGCUGUUUGCUUUCUCAUCUGCCUCAUCUCUCCAAUACUGAUCUACCUUACAGGGCUGUAGUGAGGAUUCCAUCAGCAAAAGAUACGAGCACUUGAAUACUUCCAGAUCCAUGCGCUGUUCCAACAUGGCACUGCUCUUUUGGCCUCGCUCUCCUUGAUGGAUAUUUUUGUGCCAAGAAAAACAAAGCUGGAAGAAGUAAUGGAUGACAGGAAAACAUGGCAGGGUGACAGAUGCAACCUGGGACCCCCAUAAAAUGCUGUGAAUGAUGGAACGGUGUGGCUUUUGUUAAAACUUCAUCUGGAAGCAGCUCUGGGCGAAUGCAAAAACCUUUCCCUGCUGCGUUUUGCUUUUCUGGCAAAAGAGCCAGUACCAGAAGAAGGUGAAAGUCGUCCGUUAUAUUGGAAUCCAACUUCAGUGCAAGCUGAGCAUCCCCCCGAGCGAAAGGACGGUCGAGUUGAACAGCUACCCGAGAUUCAGCGACUGGCUGUAUCUCAUCAACGUGAGGAAAGAGGUUGUCCAGAAAAUACCGGAGGAGCUGACCCUUGAUGCCUUACUGGAAAUGAACGAGUCGAAGGUGAAAGAGACCAUGAAGAGGUGCGGGGCCAGUGUGGAAGACUGUUCGCGGCUGAACGGUGCCCUUGCCUGCUUGCGGAAAGUGACCCGGGCAGGUGCGGAAUCCAGGGAUGACUCAGUCUGGCACCAGCCGGGCACGUGCCGUGAAAACAGCCUGAUGCCCCCCCCCGAACUGCCUCCCUGCCCCAUGGGGCUCUCUUGGAUGCACGGCAGCUUGCCGCUCCUGAAGGGCAACGGCCCGCAGCCCCGCUCCGUCUCAGUCUCUGCGAUCCUGUCGUCGGACACCCUGCCCUUGGGCCAAGGGCCCCCUUCCUCCACCGAAAGCCUCCUGGAGUCAUUCGCGUUCCCCACCCCGUGCGGGAGGCGCAACCUCCGCACGCCGCACAGCAUCACCAUCACGCCGCCCGCCACCCCCCAGCUCAAGAGGGGCAAACCUCCGCGGACCCCUCCCCCACCGAGCCGGAAGGUUUUCCAGCUGCUGCCCAACUUCUCGACCCUCACGAGGAGCAAGUCCCAUGAAUCCCAGCUCGGCAACCGGAUCGACGAAGUUCCCCCUGCAAAAUUCGAUCUCCCCCAGGGAUCUCCUCAAACGGUACGAAGGAAUAUUGGUCUGUCUGUAACACACAGAUUCUCCACGAAGUCGUGGCUCUCUCAGUCAUGCCAGGUGUGUCAGAAAAGCAUGAUGUUCGGAGUGAAAUGUAAACACUGCAGAUUAAAAUGUCAUAACAAAUGCACCAAAGAGGCCCCACCAUGUAGAAUAUCUUUCUUACCCCUAGUAUCACCGUUAAGGCGGACGGAGUCUGUCCCUUCGGAUAUCAAUAAUCCCGUGGACCGACCGUCAGAGCCACAGUUUGGAACUCUCCCGAAAGCACUAACUAAAAAGGACCAUGCCCCGGCCAUCAACCACCUCGACUCCAGCAGUAACCCUUCCUCUACCACCUCUUCCACGCCGUCUUCUCCGGCCCCCUUCCAGUCUUCCAACCCCCCCAGUGCGACGCCACCCUUAAACCCGUCGCCCAUGGGCCAGCGGGACAGCCGGUUCAACUUUCCAGCUGCCUACUACAUUCAGCAUAGACAACAGUUUAUCUUCCCAGAAAUUCCCAAUAUCCCGCAUGUAACACAGCCUCCUGAAAGUACUGAAAGUACUAAUGUCGAUGAACACCUAGAGAUAGAUGGCGUUGAAGAACGUGAUACAGAGCACACGGAAGAGCAGGAAGCAAACAAGUCUGAAGUGGAGGAUGACGAAGACGAAGUCGAUGACCUUCCCAGCCGGCGCAGCCGCUGGCGGCGGAUGAUCUCGCGCAAGGCCAGCCAGACGAGCGUCUACCUGCAGGAGUGGGACAUUCCAUUUGAGCAGGUGGACCUGGGCGAGCCCAUCGGCCAGGGCCGGUGGGGGAAGGUCUACCGAGGCAGGUGGCACGGGGAGGUCGCCAUCCGAUUGCUGGAGAUCGACGGCAACAACCAAGACCACUUGAAGCUUUUUAAGAAGGAAGUGAUGAAUUACAGGCAAACGAGGCACGAGAAUGUUGUGCUUUUCAUGGGGGCCUGUAUGAACCCCCCUCACCUGGCCAUUAUUACCAGCUUCUGCAAAGGAAGAACACUUCACUCUGUUGUAAGGGAUCCCAAAAUACCCUUGGAUAUUAAUAUGACCAGGCAGAUCGCUCAGGAAAUCAUUAAGGGCAUGGGGUACCUUCACGCCAAAGGGAUCGUACACAAAGAUCUGAAAUCCAAGAACGUUUUCUAUGAAAACGGCAAAGUGGUCAUCACGGACUUCGGCUUGUUUGGCAUUUCUGGCGUGGUUCAGGAAGGGAGGCGUGAAAACGAGCUGAAACUGCCCCACGACUGGUUGUGCUACUUGGCCCCAGAGAUUGUGCGUGAGAUGGCUCCAGGGAAGGAUGAAGACAAGCUCCCGUUCUCCAAAGCGGCCGACGUCUAUGCUUUUGGGACUGUGUGGUACGAGCUCCAGGCCAGAGAAUGGCCUUUUAAACGCCAGCCAGCUGAAGCGUUGAUCUGGCAGAUCGGGAGUGGCGAAGGCAUGAAGCAAGUCCUUGCAGCAAGCAACUUCGGGAAAGAAGUUGGCGAUAUCCUGUCGGCCUGUUGGUCCUUCGAUGUCAGUGAGCGUCCCAGCUUCCCGCUUCUGAUGGAAAUGCUGGAAAAAUUGCGGAAGCUCAACCGGAGGCUUUCUCAUCCGGGGCACUUCUGGAAAUCAGCUGAGUACGUAUUCACCUGCAUCUGCCUCUCCUUGUGUCCGAGCUGCUUUUGGCCUUUACGCUUUCCUGCUUCUAGGUUGCUAACUUGGCAGAGGUGGAUUCAACCAAUGCUAUGUAUGUUCCCCCUCCCCUGUCAGUGGGGCUUAAGUGCGAGAUUCAUCCCCCUGCCGCAAAAAUCCCCGUGCAGUUUCUUUCGCUCAGUGUGGGUUCCCAGUAAGUUCCUGGUUACAUCCGUCUGAUGCCUCAAAGCAUAUCCAGGCCAGCAACUGAUUGUGCUUGCAAGACCGAACGCUUGUGCAAUGCUGCUUUUGCCAAAACAAGCAGAAAUUUUCCCUGGAAAAGGCUGGUCAGCAGAACUUGUGGAAAGGAACUCUCCUAACCUGUCCCAACGUGGAAAUAACAGUUUGCACCCAUUUCUGGGGACAGUUAGAAGUGCACAAGGCCUAUUGUGCAGGCAGUGGGUCCCGUAGGUGCUGCUGGUUAUUGCCCUUCAAGACUAACACGUCUUCUGGCAGAAGCUUUGGAGGACUAGAUGUGGAAAGGGUUGCUCUCUUAGUAACCAUGCAUUCAUGUGUUUGUGGGGGCACUGGAAGAGAGAAGUCAGGAGUGACUCAGAGGAAAUGUGGGGCCGAAAGGAUAGAGCAUGACAAUCUCAAGGCACAGAUUUGGAAAGAAAAAGGGCUCACAAUUGCCAGAAUGCCCAGUCAAAAUCCUGGUCUAGGUAAUCGGAUUACAACAGAAGCCGUCAAGUCUGGUCAGACAGAGUGGAAAUCUAUCAGUCUUGUGAAGACAUUUGUUCUGGUAGAAACCUCUGUCUUUUGAACAUCUGUCUAUAUAUUUAAAGCUGUGUGUCUUAGCAAAAGUGUCUUCACCAGGCACCAAAAUCAGAGUCAAGCAGCAGGGAGUUCCUUAGAUAGGGAGCCAGUUUUCCAAAGCUGGGUGGGCACUCUGAGUGGACCCCAAAGGGACAGCAGAUGCAAACAGCAAACUGUUCUUAAUACCACUUCUGCCUCUGCCUCUGCCUCUGCCUCUGCCUCUGCCUCUGCCUCUGCCUCUGCCUCUGCCUCUGCCUCUCUCUCUCUCUCUCUCUCUCUCUCUCUCUCUCUCUCUCUCUCUCUCUCUCUCAAAUGCAUGCAUGCAAACACAAAUUCCUUCUAACUUGUAACUCGACCAUCUUACGAAAUGAACUCUACUCCGCAAAGCCUCUGCUGUGAUGAAGGCACUCAUUUCCAAGGCAGGCGCAGGCGUGAGCACCUUGUAUUCCCCCCGGCUAAUUUCACUCGGCCUUUGGCCUACUUUCCAAAGCCAUCUGCCAAAGAUUAGUUCAGACCUUUGGCAGGCGUGAUCGUGAUCCGUCCUUCCUAGCAGCCGGCUCAGUGGAGCGGGAAUGGGGUGGGAAGAGAGAGCGAGCAGUGGGUGCCUGGGCGGACAGAAAGGGGUUGCCGAAUGCGAGGGAAGGCGGAAAAAAGGGGUUCCCUUGCUUGUGCUGCCCUCUCCAGGUUGUUGCCUUCAUCCCUGCACAAGGCCUGCCUACAUCUCCAAAACGAGCGGAUGCUGGCCACCGCUGGUUUAAGAGGCCCAGUUAUUUUUGUUGCGACAAGCGAAUGCCGGGGCUUUGGGGUGGAGCUUUGCCUCUUCUCCCUCUGCUUGUUUCUUAGUUUCCUGCCAACUUCCAAAAAGUCACGAUAACAAUUAAUGGGUUUCUAUCUGGCCCUUUUCCCUUUUGUAAGGAAUCCAAGGUGGCAUAUAGAACUUCCUCCCCCUCUCUGCCUUAUCCUCACAACAACCCUGUGAGGUGGACUAGGCUGAAAGCCAAAAUCACCCAGAGUUUCAUGGCUGAGUAGGGCCUAGAACUUGGAUCUCCCAAGUCCCAGUACAAGACCCUAACUAGUGCACCCCUUGUGGGUUCAAAUGUGCCACAACAUUCAGCUAGAAAUUUGGGAGGCAGAGAAAGAGCUGAAAGGUGUGCCUGUUUAGGAAGGAGACAGUCUUCCAUGCUAGCUGGGGAAUGUUGGGAGUUGUGCAACUUUAUUUUCUCUAAAUGUGAAGAGGGCCCCAGCUUUGUUCACAGAGACCCAGGAAUCCAGAGAUAAAUUGAGGGCAGGGAAUAAUAUGUUGAAACAAUGCACUGGUUUGCUUCCCGCUGCUGACUUGGGCCGGUUUAACUGCAAGUGCAAACUAACAUAGCUUUCUUGUGUGUGUUUGUCCCCCCACCUCUCUGUUUUUGUCUUCCGCCCUCCUGUCUUCUAGGUUGUAGCUACUGAUGCGAUAACUCGAUUCUGCCUUGCACGCUUUCCUUCUCUCCUAACUUGCUCCACCACUUGGACAACACUUAAUACAGUGCGCACACACACACACACACACACUCCUUUUAACCCUUGCACUCUCCCAGUGCUUCUAUGAAUUCUUGUUUCCUGCCUCUCCUCUUGGUGUGGGCUGCUAACCGCAAUGACUAUUCCUGUCUGUGGGAAUUGGGCACCUAUUAACACCCGGCACGGACUCAGUUCUCUUCCGCUGAAGCAUGUUUGACCACCGGCUGCGACACUUGCCAGUCCUUCUUCGAGUUGGCCCCCUGGCUCUUUUUCUCAGCUCCUACAACCAGGUGUAAGCUAAACAGACGGAAAAACCAACCAACAACCCAUGCACUUCCCUCUUGGUCGCCCAGCGAAAGAACCUUAAAAGAUGCUGCCUGUUCUUAAAAUUGUCACAGCUUCAGUUGGGACAAUGAUUGCUGGGUGUCCCUCCGCUCUUCCAAAAGAUGAAUUAAAAUCAGGGUUUUUUCCCCAAAUAAAGAAAUCUGGGAGGAUUGUCUUGUAUUAAUUUUAGGCACUUAAUUGUUGAAUUGAUUAAUUUGGCCUGUGAUUGCAUGGAAGUAAAAGAAUACUGAUGAUUACUUAUUAUUUAUAAUAACAUACGCUCAAUUUAUUAUUUUUAUCAUUUCAUAAUUCUCUAGUUUUAUUAAAGACAACUGCAGUGUGUUGCUUUUUGUUUUGGAAAUGAAAGCCCAACUUGAUGAUCUUCCACUUGGAUUUUUGUGCAUACAUUCAGAACAUAAUUGAUUCUUACUCCUGUUUUCCUCCCUUCCCCCUUUCCUACCCCUAACCUUCUCCUUUCACAUUAACAGUAGCAAAGUUGUCAUCCGGUUUGAACGAUUUCCCUUGGGAGAUUUGGAAUCCAGUAAUCAAAAGAUUUAGCUUGGCGUGUUUGGGCCAUUAUAUGUGAUUGGUGUCUGUAUCACUUGCAAAACGGUUCUGGGACUGCCAUGGAUUUUCCAAAUAAUGGAAAAAGUGUGUUGUGACCUCACCGUGGGUUACCAGCAAGACUUCAUUUAGACUCUGGUAACAUUUGCUUAUGAAGUUUUGCAUCAGCAACUUUACAAAAUGUUUACAUUCUGACUCCCUUUUCCCCGUGUGAAUUAUAUUUUUGCCAGUUGAUAAUGAAUGUGACCGGAGGCUUUUUAUUUAAAAAAAUCUGUACUUUUUCCUCUUCAAAUGUUCCAGCGGCACUGUUUAAGCGACCUGAUGAUAAAUCUUGGUUUCAUCUAUGGAGAAGCAGUGGUUUUUCGUUUUGCCCAGAAAAUGCCCCACCCUUUUGAAGUGAAUCCCUUAGGGAUUGUCUACACAAAAUAUUUAAACUGGUUCAAAACUGCCUGAACUGUCUCAGCUUGUCCUUUGAAGAACUCUUGGAAUUGUUGCUUUUGUGAAGACCUGGAAUAUCCCUUUUCAGAAACACACACCUUUUCCCAUCUAUGUUUGAAAACUGCAACUGUUUGAAAGUAUUUCUUGUAUGGAAACUCGUGUACAAUAUCUGUUUCGCUCAGAAGCUGCUUGAAAAGAAGAGAGAGAGACCUUGUGAUGGCUUUGGAUUGUGUAACGAGGUUUCACAUGUGAAAUUUAGUGAUUCACCUAGAUGUUGUCAACUUGGUUGAGAAUGCCUGUAUCUUUUUUUUGAACAAGAUUCUACCUCUGUUUCUUCUCUUCUGAACCUAGUUUUGGGAUGGGACUCAGCUUGGCUAGUGGUCAGGGAUGAUAGGAGUUGCAGUCCAACAAUAUCUUGGGGGCGCCUGGUUCCUUCCUCCUCAAGGAUUCUCUGAACUUCCCUGCUCAGACUCGGUCUGUUCCAGCCCAAAAUAUUUUAUGAGCAUCAUAACGAUGAAGCUCAAUUUCUUGGCUUUGUCUAAUUUGAAGUGCAGGAUUUGGUGUGGCUGUGUUCAGUGACUUUUCUUUUAUGCAUAGGAUUUCAAUAUUUCUGAUUUUUCUUUGAGCAUCUAGGAAGUGUGUGCAGCAGAAAAAGGGUUUUUUUCAGCCAGGUGGGCACUUAUUCCAUUGAUAACCCCUCUGACACGGUAUAAGUGAAAUGUGUUUCACACCAAGUGAUCCAAGAGGCAAGGAAAAGAGGUUGCGAUCCACACGUGGCCCUGUCAGCACAAGGAGAAGGUGGAAAGCUUGCAAGAUUUUCUACACGAGGCUAUAAAUGGCUAGAUCUACUCAGCAUUGCCCCAGCUUUGGGAUCCAAGCUCUGUACUUCCACGUUCAGCUUUCCUGCUUGCCCAUCCCCUAAAUGGAGUUGUGCCAAAGCAGAAAAAUGCAAAUAUACCGGGAGAAGGGAGCACCAUUUUCCCUGUUGUAAUUUAAUACCCUUCCCCCCACUUUAACAAUAAUAAUAAGCUUGGAAAGUGUUGUGAAAAAGUCCCAAGCAAAAUGGAAGGAUUGCAGUGUUUUCUCAAGAACCCAUAAAUAGCAGUGCUUAACCUGCUCCUCUUCCAGACAAAACCAUUCCAGAAUCUGCAGGGUGUGAAGUGGCAUCACACCUUGUCACAGUGUAAAUGCAACUUUGGAAAAGGGGACAGCUGGAGCCUGAAGGACUAGAUGGCUGCUUUUGGUUUGACUUCAUGCUGCAUUCUUGAUUGUGCUUGAAGCAUUGAAAGGGGAACAUAAUUCUGUGUUGACUGGAGAGAGUCGUAUCUUCCCAGUGAAAGUGUUGUUAAGCAGAACCUCCAGCCAAAAAGAGAAUUUAAAAGUGGUAGCUUGACACUGGGGAAAAACCAGAUGAUGUGGCAAUAAGGGAACCUGCUUUUCUUUGCCCAUUCCAAGUUUUCUUUUUUGGGAUAGGCAGAAAAGGUGUUUUCUAUUUCCUGCAAUACAGGAAGAGACUGUGGAGUUGCUAAAAGUCGCAGGGGUUUUGUCGGGUGUCCAAAAAUGGCCCUCUGAUGUCAUCCUGGUUUGUCAACAGUUUAUCUGACAUAUGCAAGCUUUCCUAUUUCAGGAGAAUACUUCUGCACUCGAGGCCAGUUCUUGCUUAGGUGUCGGACACGUGCAGGGCAAUUAGAGGAUUGGAUGCUGCUUUUAGGUCUAUGAACAUGCUCUGCAAAUAGAAAACUGCCAGGGGAAACAGUGCCCAGCUUUUCUUCACCUUGACAUGCUCCAUUUCUAGAAGCGGGGAAUUGGAGGAAUGUAUGUUGUGGCAGCUGGCUGUGAUGUGUGCAAGUCACUCCAUGGCCCCCAUCCUAGAGUGAGUUGACCUUCUUGCCACCGCUUUCAUUAGCUUCUUUUGCUCCUUGUUCUCUUGCUUGUCAGGUUCCCCGCUUGCCUGCUUGCCUGCAAGGGGAUCAGGGUCCUCACCACCACCAGAUCGGGGCCAGGGCAAGAGACAGGGCAACAAGCAGGUUGUAUUUGCAAGGAGCAGCAAGCCAAACUCUGAUGCGGGUCUUUGCAGGGUGUGGGCUUCCUUCUAGGGCCCUGAAGGCUGGAAGUCAUUCUAGUGUUGGGUGUGGACACAAGGGACCAUCAGCCAUGCUUCAGAAGCUGAGGAAGCCUUUCCAGAGGAGAAGGACCCUCCUUGAUGGACACCCAUGAAGAACCGAGACUGUAUCAUGCCACAGACACCUUCCCCCCUGUCUGACGUGGUGCAGCCAAACCGGGACAUAGCAAGUGAACUGUGGUCCUUUGUGGGAUGUUCAGGCCAGUUUCGGGGGGGCUAAUCUCCCACCCCCGUGCGCUGACUCACCGCUGAACCAGCCUGUGUGUGUUUUGUGGGUUCUCUUCCUCUUGGAGUGCCGGGUCUUCUGGAGACCUCACCACCCCUAAUAUACACAGACCCACUCACACUGCAAAGGGUCAGCGCAGUGGGUUUUGCCUGCAUUGGCUUCGUUGCUCAGACCACGUGGAUGCAACGGCCUUGCAGUUGUCAGUUCUGUAGUGCCACGGGAGCGGUUGUGAAGCCAGUGGAGCCUCGUGGCCACAAUCCGUGGCCCCAGUUGGCAAUCCUGUCUCAGCUUAAGAAGCCCAGAUACAUACCAUCCAUGAUCCAGAGCGUGCUGCUGGGUCCUCCUUGGUGAGCCUCAGUGUGAACCCAUGAUCCACAAAUUAGCCAUUGUUGUCCUUGGCCGUGGCCGGAGGGACAAGAUCUUAUGCCUAUUUCAUGCCUUGGUUUUAAAUCCUAAUGUGUUUUGAAGCUGAGAAUGAAACUUUCCCAGUUCAGAUGGUCACUUGGUUCCCUGAGGAAGGAAGAGGUGGUGCGUUUGUGCCUGAGACACCCUCAUGUUUCUAUUCCUUAAACCAAGAUAGGAUCUUCCAGACCAAGCCAUUGUUCUCCACCCCAAGCUUUCAAACAAUGUCUCCCCUUCAGAAACAUUUCCUUCCAUUCGACUUACGGUUGAAUCCUAAUUAGCUGCAUCUGCGCCCUUCUGGUUUCUCUGGAACUUGGCAGGACUCCGUUGAAUAAGCUUCGCAAACGCAGUGCCUGGAGCUUUCCAGGUGGCUUGGAUGGCACCUCCUAGCAUGCUGGUUGGAGGGGACUGAUGGGAGCUGUAGUGCACAGGUUUUGGAGGGCACCAACUCCGGGAAGAGUGGCAGAGCAUUUCUUGGCCGCUGCUUUCGUAGGCUCGUCAGUGCCAGCCACGUGCGUCCUUCAUGGCCUCUUCUGAAUGCCGUUUUGUGGAGCACUUCCUGCCUGCCAGGUUGCUCCCAGGUUGCGCGUGUGUUGGGUGUGUGGAAUGUGACUCUGGGAUGGAUUAGUCCUGUUCACUGGGCCACUGCCAUGAGGUUUAAUCACAAAGAUGUCUCCUAAGGUGAAGAGAAAGUUAGAGGAGAAUCCAAUAUUAUUCACCAGGGUUAGAGGCCUUGUAUCCAGUUUGUCAACAGUAAGUGCGGCUGUUAAUCGAUACCGCACGCUUUGCUGCAUCUGUCCGAGUCUUUUGCAACCCACGUUGUGUAUCUGACUGCGCACACCCACACGCUUCUCGGUGCUUAGGAGGAAAAGAUGGGAAUAUGCCUCUUUCUUCUCAAUACCUGCUCUUUGACUGCCUCACCUAUUUAUCCCACCACUGUUAAUAGAACUACCUUCCAUAAAUUCUGUCUGAUCUUUUCUUAAAGCUAUCAAAAGGUUUAAAAAUUUGAAAUCAGUUAAUACAAAGUUCGACCCAUCAGAAGAUGCUCAUGGCAAUCCUGUCACCCCAUCUCUGUUUACACUGGUGUCCUUUGAAGUCACUUUACUUCAUGCUGGCAGGAGAAAGGGGAAGCUGUCCUGGUUUGUACCCGAAUUGCUCUGGGAGUGUUGCAUGAUGAAAAGGGACCCGGCACCUAUUAAGUUCCUAAUUGUUUGUAUCUAUUCCUUCUCGUGGUGAUUGUAAGGGAGUGAAUUAGCACUGUGAGUCUGCAUAUUUUUGGUGUUGUACAAAAUAAAAACCGUGCAGCUGUGUGUUAAGGGACUUCUUGGGCACAGCUUUAACUGUGUGUGUAAAAUGAAGUCUGUAAUAUUGGUGAAAAUGGACUUUUUUUCUUUUCAAAUGUAAUGUAAACUUUGUACAGUAAAUAUAUAUAUAAAUAUAUAUAAAUAUAUUUUCUAUCAACUGAGUUUGUCUUCCAAAACAGCUAUUAAUUUAAUUUAAAAAUAGUAUUAACAAUGAGCGCUGCCGUUAGUUCAGGCCAACUGUUAAAAAAAAUGAAACAAAGUACGUUCUAUACUAAUGAAAUUCUGACUAUUUGAGAAUUCUUCUGUGUGAAUAAAACUUUGCUCUGGAUGAAGCAACGGAAGUUAUGACUGUUUAAAAAUA